UUUGAUUGCUUCCACAAUAUUCCACAUCCCGCGAACGACAUGGCACUGAAAAGAAUCAACAAAGAAUUGCACGAUUUAGGACGUGACCCACCAUCUUCUUGCAGCGCAGGUCCCAUUGGAGAUGAUCUCUUUCACUGGCAAGCUACAAUUAUGGGACCAUCCGAUUCCCCAUACUCUGGUGGUGUGUUUUUCUUAGCCAUCCAUUUCCCUACAGACUAUCCGUUCAAACCACCAAAGGUCAACUUUACAACAAGGAUUUACCAUCCGAAUAUUAACAGUAAUGGAAGCAUAUGCCUGGAUAUUCUAAGGGACCAAUGGUCACCAGCUCUUACUAUUUCGAAGGUCCUCUUGUCUAUUUGCUCGAUGUUGACUGACCCUAACCCAGACGACCCACUCGUACCCGAAAUUGCUCAUGUAUAUAAGACUGACCGUGCUCGUUACGAGUCGACAGCUCGAGAGUGGACGCGCAAAUAUGCUA